AUAAAUCACAAAUUAAAAUGGAUAAAUUGAAGAAGGUGUUAAAUGGAAAAGAGGAAGAAGAGGACCAGCAAGGAAUUGUCACGCAGAUCUAUGAGGGGUCAACAUUGAGCUGGUCCACCAGACUGAAGGGGUUCAUCAUUUGCUUUGUCAUUGGUUGCCUUCUUUCAGUAUUGGGAUCUUUCUUUCUGUUCUUCACUUUUGGCACCGCCCUCAGCCUUUUUGCUGUCUUCUACACUUUGGGUUCCGUCUGUGGUUUAAUGAGCACAAUGUUCCUUAUGGGUCCUGUCAAACAACUCAAGAACAUGUUUAAAGAGAAGCGGAUUAUUGCAACGUCGCUGGUCAUCUUGUUUCUGGCGUUAACCCUCUGUGCUGCAUUGUGGUGGAAAAUUGCCAUACUUGCCAUCAUCUUUUGUAUUUGUCAGUUCCUGGCUCUCAUUUGGUACUCCCUGUCUUACAUCCCCUACGCAAGAGAUGCUGUCACAAAAUGUUUCCAAGGAUGCCUCAAUUGCUAGAUGGGUCAACAGAUGCCAGCAGAGAUCCUCAUGCCUUAGACAAGGACCAAGUCACAUACAUGUACACAUCCCAGACCUGACCAACCAAAACCUGUCCAAGAAGAAGGGACAUUCAAGGGCCGAUGUGUUCAUGACGUUAUUGUGUGCUUGAAUUUUGACGUCACAGCCAAUUUGAAGAAUUCACCACAUUGUGAAUCCAGCAGAUACAGGCUUCAUACAGACUUCACUCUCACGCCAUUGAAAAUGGAAAAACAUGGUAC